AAAGCUUCGAUGGAAAAAGCUUAUCGGACUUCGUGUACUUAGGCCUAAGUUGCUAACUAUAAUUUGUAUUAUAUUUCUCACGAAUUUCUAUUUACUAAAUUUACCAUGGAAGAAAUGGGAAUUAUCCUACCUGAAAAGCAAGAAGAGAGUUUAUCUGCAGAACCUCGUGUUUCAAGUGGUCUUACUCUCUCAGCAACUGAUGAGUUGGAUAUUGAAGAUUUGUAUACUAAAUACAAGAAACUCCAACGGCAGCUUGAAUUCCUAGAAGUCCAAGAAGAAUAUAUAAAAGAUGAACAGAAAAACUUGAAAAAAGAAUAUCUUCAUGCUCAAGAAGAAGUAAAGAGAAUCCAAAGUGUACCCUUAGUCAUAGGACAGUUUCUUGAAGCAGUAGAUCAAAAUACAGGAAUUGUGGGUUCUACUACAGGAUCGAACUAUUACGUACGUAUCCUUUCCACUAUUGAUCGAGAACUUCUUAAGCCCAGUUCUAGUGUAGCUCUUCAUAAGCACAGUAAUGCCUUAGUGGACGUUUUACCUCCAGAAGCAGACAGCAGUAUAGCAAUGCUUCGUCCAGACGAGAAACCCGAGGUAAGCUACUCUGAUAUUGGGGGUUUGGAUAUACAGAAACAGGAGAUUAGAGAAGCUGUUGAGUUGCCUCUCACCCACUUUGAACUCUACAAACAGAUCGGGAUCGACCCUCCCCGGGGAGUUCUCAUGUAUGGCCCUCCAGGUUGUGGCAAGACAAUGUUGGCCAAGGCUGUAGCACAUCAUACAACAGCUGCUUUUAUAAGGGUUGUAGGAUCUGAAUUUGUUCAGAAAUAUCUUGGCGAAGGUCCAAGGAUGGUGAGAGAUGUCUUUCGACUGGCUAAAGAGAAUGCACCUGCUAUUAUAUUCAUUGAUGAAAUUGAUGCUAUUGCUACAAAACGAUUUGAUGCUCAAACUGGAGCUGAUAGGGAGGUCCAGAGGAUUCUGCUUGAACUACUUAAUCAAAUGGAUGGAUUUGAUCAGACAACAAAUGUUAAGGUAAUAAUGGCAACCAACAGAGCAGACACCUUGGACCCUGCUUUAUUAAGACCUGGACGACUGGACAGAAAAAUUGAGUUCCCAAUGCCAGAUAGAAGACAGAAAAGAUUGAUAUUUUCUACUGUUACUGCCAAGAUGAAUUUGAGUGAUGAGGUUGACCUCGAAGAUUACGUUGCUCGACCAGACAAGAUCUCUGGAGCUGACAUUAAUGCCAUCUGUCAAGAGGCUGGUAUGCAUGCAGUAAGAGAAAAUCGGUACGUUGUGCUUGCAAAAGACUUUGAAAAAGGAUAUAAAAACAAUAUCAAGAAAGAUGAAUCAGAACAUGAAUUUUACAGAUAAAUAAAAAUGCUGUGUUUGUUCAGCAUAAGAUUGUGUUCUAAGCUUAAUGCAUCUCCAAGAUAAAGUACUUUGAAAAUAACUAUGUAACAAAAUCUCUAUGGUUCUUAACAAGAACAACAAAUGUAUGUUUCAUUUCUGAAAUAAAAAAUAAGUUCAAUUCUUGCUGUUUUAA